AUGGGUUCGAAAUCAAAUAGGACUUCUUCAAAAAAAUGGAAGAGAAGCUUUAGAGCAUGCCAAACAUGUAGAGAAAGAAAGAUCAAGUGUAAUUUAGGACCUCUUGACAAUCCACAUAAACCACCAUGUGAAAGGUGUAAAAGAGAGCAAAGAGAAUGCAUUUUUGUUGAACCAAGUAGGAAGUCAAGAAGUUUAUCGCCCAAAGAUAUAAAUUAUGGCGAUGAUGGUGAUGAUAACAAAUUAAAGUUUAUACAUUAUCAGCAAGGUGAUAACAAAGGAGCUAACAACAAAGAAAUACAAAAUAUGGCACUAGAAGAUUCUGCAUGGGAGUCCGAUGUUUCCUCAAUGCAAAAUGCUCUAGAAUAUCUUGCCAGUGCCGCCAAAUCGGUGUCUCAGUUUGAGAAUCAUAAACCGACAAGUAAAUUAAGUGACAUGGUAAAUUCAUACAGUAAGGAUGAUAUGACCCAAGAAAAUAUCAUAAAAGAAUUAUUUGAGAAAACUGAACUAAAAAAUCCUGCUUCUUCACUAAUAGCACAGUUGAGUAGAAUUAGAACAAAACCACACAAGAAACUUUCUGAUAUUGUUUAUAUUGGAGACGACAAGCUACUCACAGAGGAAGAAGCCAGAAGAUUAAUUGAGGUAUUCUUUCAAAAGUUACAUCCUUUUUUCCCAUACAUUCCUCUCCAAUUACACAAUCCUGAGCAGUUAGUACGAUACCCAAUUCUAUUGUGUGCUGUUAUUACUAUUUCUGCAAGGUAUAAUAACUUUGGAGAUUUAGAUUUAAAAACAAGAGAAUCUCCAGACUAUAAUAUUACAAUUCACGAAAAAUUGUGGAUGUACUGCCAAAGAUUAAUUUCAAGAACAAUUUGGGCAGAGGCCAGCACAAGAUCAAUAGGUACGAUACUAGCAUUUCUUCUGUUCACAGAAUGGAAUCCUAGAGCGAUUCAUUGGAAUUGGUCAGAUUACGCUAAUGAUUCUGAAACGAUUAAUUUUAAUGAGCUCAAUGAAUUCGAUCCAAUUAACUCUUAUAAAGGUGAAAGCAUUACCGGUUUUGAAGCUAUGAGACAUAGUGAUAGGAUGGCAUGGAUGUUAACAGGAAGUGCAGUUAGAUUGGCACAAGAUAUGAAAUUUAUCGAUACAAGUAAUAAAAUAUUUUUAGCAACACAUAUAGCAGAAACAUAUAAUGCCAUGAAUGUUAAUUUGCGUUCAUCCCUUUCGGAAUCGUUAAGUAAUGUGAACAUUCAUUCUAAGAAGAUAGAUCCAGUAAAAAUAAUCGAUGGCAAGAAAUCUGAGAGGUAUUUUGGAAAUGAAAAAUACUAUUUAGAACAAAUAUUUAAAAAUGCUAAAGAUAGAGAGAGUUCAUAUGAUCUAUUAGAAAAUAUUUUAAGAGAAAGGAGAAAUGCAAAAGCAUUUCCUGACAAUGAACGUGACUUUUUAAACGAUGAAUACAUCUUGUUCUAUUCAAAUCCUGAUGAUGCAACGCAAAAUGAUGAAUUAGAUACUCCACUAGAUUUUACUGUAAUUCAAAGAGCUAAGAUUGAAUUAUUAAAGAUCAUGUCAAUUGGGUAUGAGACAAUAUAUCUAGAAAAAGGUAGGCGUUAUACAACAGCUAACAAUCAAAAACAGAACUUAGCUAUGUUGAAUAUUUUUUCUGCCCUUAUUGAUAGCUGGUACGUAAAUUACAAUGAAUUAUUAUCACCGGAAGAAACACUGGAUCCUGUAUUAAACGCCUCUAAGAUGGGACUGCAGAGUAUGACACAGAUAAUUGAAAAUGAAAGUUUAAUAUGUGACUAUUAUUAUUGUCAAUUGUAUAUAUACUCACUGUCAUUACAAGUAGAAGACGAAGAAAGCAAAUUAAAACUGAAAGAACUCUCCCAAAGCGCGAAAUACGUGUCUAUUGCAUAUAGUUCUGCCAAGGAGAUAUUGAAUUCUGCCAAGCGACUUCAAGAAGUGAGGAUGCUCAAAUUUAUACCUGUGCGAUGGGUCAUCAGAAUUGUAAGAGCAAUAUCAUUUAUUGUGAAGUGCUACGUGACCGCCACCGAUAAGGAUUCAAUGAACUACAAAGAACUGAACUCGUUGCUGAGUCUCAGUGGGAUACCUGUAGAUGAAUCAUUGGAACUAAUUCACACAGCGGCAGUGCUGUUAAAGGAGUCAACUCCGGAUGAAUUACAUCUGUGCACACGGUACUCGAAGAUAUUAUUGUGUCUAUACCGUGAACUGAAGAUGGACACGCUCUCGACACAACAGGCACACGGAAACGACUCGAUGCCUGAACGACUCACCGCAGAUACCACCUUGGAGAAUGCCAUUCGCACAGAGUUUACCACAACAUCUAAUUCGGGCUCCCAAGUAGAGCUCACUCCUUUGUCUAACAAGUUAGCCACUUUGCCCAUUGACAGGAACACAACACCACCAUAUGCAUCAUUUCCCACAGAAGUGGUCGAUUGGUUCUCGACAAGUGCCGACAUCGGUCUAGAGUUCGUGGAACCCUGGACAGAGAUGAUCGAACAGAGGUAUAUUAAGAGUGGUAAUACCCAGAAUAAAGACUUCGACGACCUACUAAGCACCAUACCCAAAUAA